AAACCGACCCCAAAAUCUCAAACGCCAGAAGAAGCAAAGCCAUCCAAAUACGUCAAACGCGCCGACGUCGAAGCACAACGACAAGCCGACUAUGCUGCCGAACAGAAAGCCAUCGAAGAUGCGCGCAUCGCUAGGCUUGAGAAGAAGCGCAAGUUUGACGAAGACGAGGCAGAGAAGAACAGAGCAAGAGAGGACAAGCGAAAGAGGUUGGCAGAAGAGAGCAGAAGAUUGAGAGAGGAAGAGGAGGAACGGGAAGAGAGGAUCCGCCGGAAGAGACUGGGACUGCCAGAGCUGCCGCCNAAAAAGAAGGCUAUCGAGGGUGGUGAUGCCACACCUGCGCCUGAGAAUGAUAUUCCAGAGGAGGAGCUUAUACAAAAGCUGAGGGCCAUGAACGAACCCGCGCGCUUGUUUGGAGAGACACACAACGGCCAAUUGCGGCGAUACAGAAAACUUGCUGGACUCCAUGCCUCAGGCAAGCCCAAGGCCACCAUGUAUUCUGGUCCCAUACCCACCACUCUUCAACCCGUACCCGAAGCCGACAUGAAAGUCUCGGACGUUGUACCCAAGGAUACCGAGGGCCGCACCUUCCUCUAUCGCCAGCUCGCCUCCUACUUUACACUGGUCCUAUCAGAGUGGCAAGUCUCGUUGUCUCUACGAGAUGAGGCUGUUAAGACGAGCAGUAGCGGAAAAGCUGCCUACAGUGCCAUGGUUCAAGCUCGUGACAGCAUGGUGCCGCUAUAUCGAAAACUGGAGAAGGGAGAGGUCGAGGAAGGCAUUUUGGGUCCGAUUGUCGAAAUCGUCCGAGCCUGUCAGGAGAGACGCUAUGUUGAUGCCAACGAUGCUUACCUGCGACUAAGUAUCGGAAAAGCAUCCGCGCGAGAGAAACUACACGCAAACGACAAGGAUGCUGCACAUAUCAUGAGUGACGAGAUCACCAGGAAGUUUUUGCAGUCCAUCAAGAGAUGCCUGAUGAUCACGCUGCAAUUCGGCCAACAAGCCAACCACGUCGGCACCCACUUUUGGAAUGCGCAGCCCCUCCAAUAUGUGAGAUUGGUUACGCACGAAGGCGAUGGAAACCAAAGUCGACACAGACGNGAAACAUAUUUUACGUACGGCGACGAAGAAGAAUCUCCUGUGGAUCAUGAUGUCCACUUUCGACCUGGACACUCGGAAGAUGGCACAGAGACAUUUACGCCUCGCGCACUGAUCUAUGAUCUCAAAGGUGCUUUUGGUACGUUGAGGAGGGACAAUGCACUUUAUGGUGCAGCAGAUGAUCCUGCAGCAAUUGCACAGCAGAUGUGGGCGGGAAACACGAAUGUCAUUCGAACAGAACAGAUUCAGCAAAGUGCAUAUCAGCAGCACCUGGACCAGGGACUCGAACCACCCACACUAUCGCCUGACACUGUUCGCUACUGGUCUGACUUCAACAGGGUAUUUUAUCAUCCCAAAUCUAUCGUUCAGUUGCAGGAGUACGAGUUGAACUCCUCUCUCAUGCCUUUUGAGAAAUGGACUACCGGAGAGGACUUGUUCGACAGUCUCGACAAAGAACAUGAUCUUCUGGAUAGAGAUUUGCGACCUUUCUUGGAAGAGUGUGAUCAACUGCAAGCAAUUCAAAUGAUCACCUCUGCCGAUGAUGCCUGGGGUGGCUUCACAGCCAAAUACUUGGAAAGAAUGAGAGACGAACUAGGCAAGACAAGUGCUUGGGUAUGGGGACUCGAGGAGGGUGGACGCAAGCCAAGGGUCGCCAAUGUCGCACAGUCAAUUUACCAGAUCUCGAGCCAGGCGAGCAUGUACAUUCCACUCACCACGUUGCCGGAUGCUCUACCGCCAUACGUCAAUCUGAAUGGCUCUUCCAGAUGGCACACUUCCGCACUGCAGCUGCUAGCCCUGGAGAGUAUGACUCUGCCAACUAGACUGCGUUCAGGCCAGCAAGGACGCUCGUCGUUUGCUGAUAUUGAGACAUUGUUGAGCAACGACGGCAACCGCAGAGUCGCUCAACUUAACAUGAGCAUCAAAGACCCAGCCGAACUCGAGGGCGAAGCAAAUGGCCAUGCAACACAACACGACAGCAGAAUGAAUGGUUUCACAAACGGAAAUCAUGGCCAUGACGAUGCAGAAGCAAAGGAUAUCGACAUAGACAUGCAACCAAAGACAGCCAACCUGACUGGCGAACGAGGACACAACAGCCGCCGAACUCACGUAUUCAGUCAACUGCAAAGCCUGCGCGGCAAAUGGAAGUCGAGUCUCGAAAUUGAAGAUACGAACCUCGCAUCUCGCGAUCGCUUUGGUCAUGGUCCCAGAAUUGAAAGUCAUCAAUCUUCAUUGCUUUUCCCCGUCAUCGACAGCUUCCCUCAGGUAUUUGCAUCUGGCAAUAUUGUUCGGAAACUCGCUGUGCACGCGACGCUUUCAACGACUACUUCUGUCGCGCAGAGAAUCCGUUCGGUGGAGAGAAUAGCUCGUUCCAUCAUUGGGAUUGACGAGCGCGAGGCACUUUGCGAUGGACUGGUAGGGAUUUGCGAGGAAUAUGAAGAUGGAUGGGAGAGCGGCAGCGAAAGCGAUGAUGAUUCU